AUGGCGAAAUCCACAGAUUUUAAAAACUUAUUUUUGUUGAAUUCAAUUCAUUCGCUAAUUUUACUGAUCUUUAUGGAAAUUUUUUUCUUCCUUUUGGAUGGAAUAAACACGUUUGAGUUUAUAAACAUCCAGGAGAGGAUAUCUCAAAUGAUAUGGUGCUCCUUCUUUGUCAUGCAGAUUGGAAUUUUAAAAGUAGCCGAGGUGUUUUCCAAAAAUGAAAAUGGGAAAAAGAUUGUCCAUGUGCAUUAUCUGUUCAUUAUAUACGUUUUUUUAUUUCCUCUUUCGUCUGCCCUUUUGCUUACGUCCGCCUUGUCCUGGUCGAAGACAAUUUAUUUCAUCUGUAUUUUGAGCCUGUCUACAUCUGUUAAAAUAAAAGUAUGUUUCAUCGUCCACCUUGAGCUGUACACCCUCGCUAGCCAAAUAGCUUACAUUAAGAAGAAGCCCCUGCGUGCUUUGGACACCGUGGAGCCCUACUUCCAGGAGCUCGAGAAGAAGGCCAUCUUGAUAAGGAACAAUUUGAUAUACUGCCAGCAGAACAACAUCAGCGUGGAUAUACUAGGGAACAACCUGUUCGAGUACGAGGUGAACGACGGAAUCAAAAAGAUCAAAACGAUAAACCAAAGCAAGAUAAGGCUGGACCCGUAUGGUGACGACCUGACCAGUGUGCAGUGUGAGGCCCCCCUCGACGUGAGCGACGUUAACUGCUCCAGCGUUAACAAUUUUGGUAUCGGGGAAGAGAAGCAGAACCUGCGGGAUGAAAGUGCUUCUUCGUUCCAAAGGGGGGAAGCAUUAUCGGGGGAACACAAAUCUAGGGAUCAGACAAGGGUUGGCAAAAGGAAAGGCAGAAGAAGAGUGCAUCCUUCGGAGGAGUACCCACAGGUGAACACCUCAGGAGGAGAGCAAAGCGGAAUAGUUGAUAUUCACAGACCAAAUCGCACAAAAAGUGCAGGCAAAAAUGAUCAUCUGGGAAAUGACUUACCCCAGGUGAAGCAUCUACCCUCACGAAGGCAUCGAAGUGGACUCUCAAAAAAGAACCUAUCCAAUUUGAACAGCACAAACGGAAGAGAAUUUGGAGACAAACUAGACAGGGCACAGCCUCAAUAUUAUGGAGAGACGUACAAAAAGGAGAUGGUUCAGAGGCACUUCAGCUUGCUGCGAAGUGGACUAGGGAAAUUUCAUAGGAGAAGGAACAUUAUACUCUCCGAAGAAUUGAAGAAAAAAAUUACGUACAUAUAUUUUGACAGAGAUGGGAAGGUUAAGCUGUCCCAUAUUAUUCCCCUAUAUGUGCUGGAGAGACACAACUUGAGUAACAUCUCGGGGUACCUGAGGAGCGACCACGCGUCCUCCAGAAAUGGGAACCACUAUAAGAUGCUCGCUCUGUUGAAGGAAUACCCGGGGCUGAAAAUAGGGGGCCUGACCGACCAGGGGGUGCUUCACCUGAAUUCGUUGGGGGGAUUACGCAAGGGGAGGGGCAAGGGGCGCGACACCCGCACUAGAUACAACGCCCGCACUAGCUCCAACGCCCACACUCGCAAACACAGCAGUGCCUGCCUCGUCGGAAGUGACCGAAACAGCCGAGAGGAAGGCGAACUUCACGUUUUCAAAUCCGAUGUGCUGAGAACAGAGGGGAAGAGGAACGCCUCUAAUUACAACCAUGGCUCGUUUUGCACAUCGAUGGGAGGGUCCAGUAAAAAGGGGGAUCACGGUCAAGUGGCAGACCAGGGCCGAAAUAGUGCCAGGAUGUUUUACCUCAUCCCAUCAGCUAAGGCAGAGAGCGGUGGAGCGAAACGGAACAAAGACCCAAAUUUUAAGGCGAAGAAAAAGGGGAAUCACCCUUCUCAGCCCCAAUCUGCUAGCAGCAGCGGUGAUGGGAGUACGAUCUCUGUGAAGAACAAGUCCCUAUUUCAUGUAAAUACAUCGAUAAAAAAAGACAAAUAUAUUAUCCAACUGCAGGAGUCAAGUGAUGAUAGUAUGUCCACCUCGAACAACGUAUUCUACAUUGACGACGUUGUGGAUGGCUCCUCCGGCACGGAGAUGGGGGAGGAUAGCGGAGAUGGCACUGCCAACUGUGGCACAUCUUCUGAUGAGAGCGUUCAUGCGGGAUGGAGGAACAGGCGGGGCGGGAGAGGCAACAAGGUUGGCGACGCGGGGGGUGCGGCCAACAUGGGAGAUGUGGGCAACAAGGCUGUCGACGCGGGGGGUGCGGCCAACAUGGGAAACGCGGUUUGUUUGGUUAGCGCGACCGGGGAGAGGCGUAGAGAGGCUCCCCCCCCAGCGGAACGGCCAAAGGGCGCGAACAAAAUGGAGAAGAAAAAAAGCAGCUGCUAUUACGGGACAAAACUAUCACUGAAAAAAAAGAAGAAGAAAAAAGAAAGCCACUACGAGGUAGCGUUUCGAAAGGAAUUUCUCCUCCAAUUUUAUGAUGUCAUUUCGAAGGAUGGUACGAAUGAACUAUACGGGGAGAAUAAGCAGAGGCGUCGCCCUUGGAAAGGGUUUCUCUCUUUUGUGAAUCUACUGGGGAGUCUUUUCAGGGUUGCAAGGUGGGGGGUUUCAAAGUCCGGGGUUGUAAAGUCUGGGGUUGCAAAGUCCGGGGUUGCAAAGUGGGGGUACGCGUCCCGUGCAGGGGGGGGGAAAUACUGGGUUCAAUAUAACGAGGCCCUUUCCACAGCAGAGUGGAGACAGGACAUUAGGGACAGCGAGUUGGAUUACAUAUUAAAAUAUAAAAGCUUUACCAAGUGGUACACAUAUUGGGUGAGGAGCGUCCUGUUCCGUUACUACAAGAGCACCCAUUUUUUCUCCCUUCUGUUAUUGUUGCUAAACGUGUUCACGGUGUUUCUACAGAUGCAGAUAUUUUCCCUCAUAGUCCGAGAGGAUCAUGAGGGGGUAAGAUCUCCAAAUCCGUUUUACACUCAGAAGCCACUAUUCACGGGGACGAAGUUUAAUCUAAGCAACACAAUCGAUGAGCCCAUUUUUUAUCGAUUCCUUUGGGUGAGGAUACCCAUGCAGGUAGCUUUAAAUGUGCUCCUAAUGGUACCAUCCUUCGUCGUGAAGAAUUAUAGGCAUGUUAAUUGGCUGAACGUGUGUUCCACUCUCAACUGCCUUGUUAAUAUUUUCUUCGGGGCGAUAGACAUUACGUACUCACUCAACAGUAGGGUGUAUAAUAUGGAGGAGCUGUACCCUGUGCUGAACCACUACAACAUAUUUGACCUCUUUCUGGUUGGGAAGCUAACGACAAGUAUUUUUUUAAUCCCCUUUGUGACAAAUUUUAAUGACUUCAAGACGAACGCUUUGGUUUCUCUCAGCUGCGUCUGCUACAUUGCCACUUUUUACAGCGCCUUCAAUCCCUUUUCCUUUUCCAUCAAGCUGAUGUACAUCACCAAUUUUGUGCUCCUCAUCGCGACGGCCGCGUCGACUGUGUAUUAUUCGGGGCUGAUCGCCAAAUCACGCAAGAUGCUCUUCGUCAAGUACGUGCUGCCCUACUUCAUAUACCUCACCUUCCUGAACACGGACCCGAGCAUCCAGAUGGAGAUAAAGGAGAAGCGGCGGGCAGGGUAG